CGCUUCUUGACGCCGUGGACUUGGAGGCCGAACUGCGCCGGCGGGUGCCGUGCAUCCGGGCGCAGCCGGCUUUCCUCCGCGGCCGACUUUGCCAACUCCACCACACGGUCCUCGAAGAUGUCCUGCGCGCAGACGCCCUUCCUGGCGACGCCGACGGGCUGCAUAAGGUGAGGGCUUGGAAGCUCCUGGUUAUCAUCUGGCGCAUGCUGCUGCGACGGGCUGCGAGCGCUGGGGCGCCAGGGCGGCGAGAGCUCGAAGCGCGACUGGAGCAGUUCGAGGACGGCUCCUGGGAAGCGCUGCUGGCCCCAAGCUUGCAAGGGCAGCGGCCUCCGGGAGGAGCGCGCGGCGCGGGCGACGCCGAGGCGAGGCGCCAGCGCCUCCUGGAAGACGCGGUGGCGUUGGUCAGAGCAGGAGGCCUCGGCAAGGCGCGGCAGCUGCUCGCCUCGCGCGGGCUGGCGCCGGGCACGGCGGAGACUUUGGCAGAGCUGCAGGACCCCGCCCGGCGACCGCCGAGGCCCGCCGCCGACUUGCCGCCUGCCGCCCGAGCCUUCCAGCCGGAUCGGCCCGUCGAGCUCGACCGCCGCAUCUGGACCGACUGCGUCCGCUCCGCCCCGAAAGGGUCUUCCAGCUCGCUGAGCGGGGCCAGCUUUGAAUUGCUCAAGCUGGCCUUGGACGAAGACGAGACGCUCGAGCUGCAAGCUGCCGUGGCGGAGCGCUACGCGCGGGCCGAGAUCCCAGCGAGCGUUGCCCGCGCCCUGGGCACAGUCCGCCUGACGGCGCUGCUGAAGGCCCUACACGACCUCCUCGACCUCGACCCCGCGCCAGCUGAAACAGAGAGGCUCUUCCGAUGCGCGUGCUGGGCGUCUUGGGCGGACGCGCUCCCCAUGUUGCGACAAAGAAACCCCGCAGCAGCAACGGAGCUCACCGCCGCCCUCCGCGCCGGGACAGGCGCCGCAGCCUCGUGCCUCCAGGAAGCUGAGCGCGCGAGGGCUGCCGCCGCCCGCGAUGGCUUUGCGACGUGCCCAACUUGGCAGGAGGUCUGGGACGGCGCGCGCCCUGAACAGACAGAGCCAGAGCCGGGCGAGUGGAAGCGCGGAUGGCAGUACCACGCCUCAGCAGCCCUAGAGCGGCGCUACAGGGAGGAGGUCGUUCUCCCGAGCCUCACAGACGACCAGCAGUGGAUGCUCGACUCACAGGGGGGCCGCUCCGGCGGACGGCACCUGGCCCUGAUCCCCUCGACGCCAGAAAGCACGUUCACGCCAGAGCGCUUCCGGGCACUGCUCCAGAGAUGGCUCCGCUUGCCGCUGGACGCCGCGGCAAGCAGGUGCAACGGGCGCUCCUGCCAGGCCCACUUGGACGAGAGAGGCGACCACAGAGCAGCUUGCCCCCGCAGCGGACGCCUGCUGAAGCGCGGCGCUCCCAUCGAGCGGAUGUGGGCCCGGGUGUGCCGGGAGGCAGGAGGCCGUGUCCGCGCCGACGUGUUCCUGCGCGACAUGAACCUCCCCGGCAUUGCCGCCAACGACGGGCGCCGCAUCGAGGUGGUGGCCAACGGCCUCCCUGCCUACCACGGCAGGCAUCUCGCCAUCGACGCCUGCAUCGUAUCCCCGCUGAGGGCCACCGGCAAGCCGACUGCGCGGAGGCUCCGCCCAGGACUCGCGCUGAAACGGGCGAGGCGCCGCAAGCAAACGACUUGCCCUGAGCUGGUGGGCUCGCGGCGGGGCUACCUGCUCGUAGCCAGAGCAGAGACGGGCGGCCGCUGGGACGAGGAGGCGUACAAGCUCCUCGUUACCCUGGCCCGCGCCCGGGCGAGGAGCGCGCCGGCGGCGCUGCGAGGAUCGCUUGCGACCGCGCUGCCGCACAGGUGGAGCGGCAUGCUGGCGUGCGCUAUCCACGACGCCCUGGCCGCGAGCCUGCUCGAGGAC